AUGACUCCAAAAUUCACAUCUCGAAUCCUCUUUCUUCAUCUACUACUCGUCACGAGUUUUUAUGGAAACAGAGCAAGAGAUUUGGUUGAAACAGAGAACAAACUCUUGGAUAUAUCACAAAAUGGCACUAAUGAACCCCAAAAAGAACACAAACAUCAUGAACAUAAUCAUAAUCACAAUCACAUGGACCCUUCUGUUAUGGUGUUCUUCACCUUACAAGAUUUAAAAGUUGGAAAAAGAAUGCAAAUUUAUUUUCCCAAAAGAAACCCUUCAACUUCCCCCAAGUUUUGGCCAAAAGACAAAGCUGAUUCACUUCCCUUUUCAUUGAACAAACUUCAAACCCUUCUCAAAAUCUUCUCUUUCUCUCAUGAUUCUCCUCAAGCCAAAGCAAUGGUAGACACGCUUACAGAAUGCGAGAGUAAACCGAUCCAAGGAGAACUCAAAUACUGCGCAACUUCUUUGGAAUCUAUGCUAGAUUUUACUCAAAGAACUCUCGGUUUUUCCAAUGAUCUUCAAGUUUAUGCAACUUCCCAUUUAACAAAAUCAAGUGUGACUUUCCAGAACUACACUAUAAUAGAAAAUAUUGUUCGGAUUUCAGCUCCGAAGAUGGUGGCAUGUCACACUAUGCCUUACCCUUAUGCUGUUUUCUACUGCCAUAGUCAAGAUAGUGAGAAUAGGUUAUACAGAGUCUCGCUUGUCGGUGAUAAUGGUGAUAAGGUUGAAGCUAUGGUUGUUUGUCAUAUGGACACUUCUCAUUGGGGACAUGGUCACGUUUCAUUUCAGGUUCUUGGUGUUGCGCCGGGAAGUUCGAAUGUGUGCCACUUUUUUCCAGCAGAUAAUUUCAUCUGGGUUCCAAAGCUGCAAGUUCGUGGUGUUUCGGGCAUGUGA